AUGGCUGCGAGGAUAGGGGAGGCUCCAGGGCCUUCCGAAAACACACUUGAUAAAGCGGCCAGCCGGCUCGCCCGGCGGCUCGGAAGCCAGAGCGAGAGGCUGGGGCGAGCCAGCAGGGAGCCGUUAGGCGACACUGCUCGCCCGCAGCGCCCCGCCCUCGUCAAGGGAAGCCCGCUCGGCCCCGCCCCUUCGGCUGACGUCCGGGGCGAGCGGAGGCGGGAGCGUGGGUGGGCCGAGACGUCGGCCGCCUGCGAUUCGGCCUGCUCAGCCACACCACCGCGCGCCCCCGCUCCGCCCGCCCCUCCGGGCGCGUCUUUUCCGGGCUCGCGCCGCGCCGCGCCUCGUCCCGCCUCCGCCGGCCGUCCGGGUGCGCGCGCGCCGCUGCGGCUUUUUCCCUGGCCUCCGUGGCGCGCCCCUCCUUGCCCCAGCACUAGCGGGCACGCGGUUUUUCCACAGGCUUCCCGGGUGCCAGGCGCCGGCCGGCUGCGAAGACGCCGUGUGGACCGCGUCUCCGAAGUCCAGGGUCCUCGAGAGCCCGGCCUCCCUCUCUUCCUUGCUGCCCACCGCCCUCCAUCCCCCGAGGGCCAGAAGCAUCUUCCGGACCGGGCUGCUGUGCGUUGCCAUUACCCUUUCCGAAAGAGCACAUCAAGUGGUUGCCAGACCUCCAAACGACCUUUAGGGCACCCCUAGACCUCAACUCCAUCUUGUCCCCUCGAGGUCGCUCUGUCUCCGAGUGCUCUGGGGUCCCUCUGGCCCUAGCAGCAUCCGCCCUUCGUAUUUGAGGGAUGCCCUGGCUUCCGAUCUCUUCUUAGCUUCCGUAUUUUUAGGUGCGUUAGAAAACGGCCGAAUUCUAGCAGAAGCGUGCUCUUAUUUUUUCCCUAUUCCGUCUACAUCCCUGUCCUCACGAAUGCCUUAUAUUUAGCAUCAGCUUCAUUCACUUCCUCUUCCUCUCAUUUGAGGACCCUACAGAAAGAAUUGCGGCUGAUGUCUAUAGCACAUAGAAAAAUCGAGGAGAAGAUGAUUCAUUGCCUAACCCCCAUCAAGGGGUUACAUAUUUUAAACAGGACGUCAUAUCUUCUCGCACUCCAGCAUCUCCUCCUUCAAAGGCAUUUCCCCACCCUCUUGAAAUGAAUUUUGCUCUAGCCUCUCACCUUAAAAAAAAUCAGCCAUGGCUCCAAGAAACGACGGUGAGAUGGAGAAUAAGGGCAAAAUGGCAUUUAAAAAAUGAAUCCCUUUGAAAAAGUAAGCAGGGUGCUUUACUGGUCAAGUCCUUAAUCAAUCCCUCAGUUUCUGCAUCUACAAAAAUGAAGAUGUUGGACUAGAGCACAAAUAAGGUUCCUCUAGUGUUUUGAUUCUAGGACCUCUAAAUUCAUGCUUAGUUACAUGUUCCUGUGUAACAGAGAUUUAACCUAAUUAAAGUCCCAUUUCCUGGUAGUUGCUCAUCACUUUAGUUUUUCUUUUAUUCUGCCUUUAAUACUUUUAACUGUUCUUGAUACCUAAGGCUGCAUGCAGUGGGAGAUUCAGUUACAGGACCAUCAAUGAGGAAAUCAAUCAAGCUUUUUAUAGCAUAAGGCUUCUUGAAUUGUAAAAUAGCUCUCUUUUUUGAUUGAAGCUACUAAAGUGUAAGACAUGUAAGAUCCUCUCCACCAUUUAGGUGGAGGAUGGAACAUUAAGCCAUUAGCAUCCUCGCACCAUAGAAUAAAGUACCAUAUUGUUCUGAUAAGUAAUUUGACACUUACAAAUCCAUGAGAAGGUAUACUGCAACAAUUAAAAGCUUUUCCCCUAAAAUCCCUAUUAAAAAUUCGUGAUUCAGAUUAACAUUUUUGUUUGUGUUUUGGGUACGGAUGGGAUGGGUGGAGAAAUGAGAGUCUUGCCCAAUUCAAUUUAAGAGGAGAAAUGAAUUGGGACUCUGGAGAGGUUCUGGAUCCAGCCCUAGCUACUUGUAUAACCUUGAAUAAGUCACUUAACCUCUCUUGGAUUUUGCAUCUGUAAAAGCCUCUUGAUGGUUGGCAGAGUGAGCCAUAGGUCCCCUGAUUUGAAUUCUUUGUUCUUAUACUGAUAGACAUAUGAUUAUAUGAUGUAAGUAGCACUAACAUUGUGCCCUAAGUCCUUAGUUUAUAACAGUUGUUGAGAAUGUUUUUCUCAAACAUCUGCAUAUGCUUGUUCCAAUUUAUGUGCGCCUAAUUCAUAAUCCAUCUUAUCAAGCGAGUUCAUAUAUGUGGAAGUCUAUAAAUUGGGAGGCAUUUUACAAAAGUUGGGUAUUGUUAACUUCUUGCGAGUGAAAUGUGUGCAUAGCACACUUUUUAAAAAGCAUUCAUGUCUUAUAGAAAUUUGAAAGUGAAUUUAUACUUACUGCCUUGCAACUGUAAUUGGCUAGGAACUUUAAAGAAUAUGCUGGUAUCUCAUUCAUUCAUCACUCAUUGAACUUAUCUCGUUCCUUCAGCUGUCCCUUAUUUUGUGCCAGGCCACCAGGAUAUGAUGGUUAAGAAAACCCUCUUCACAAGUUUAUAGUCUGGAAUGGUUGUGGUGGCGCUGUGAAGACAUAGAUGUAUAUACAGUUUAUAUUUAUUAACAACAGCAUUCAAAUCAGGGACAUAAAAUCCUGGGGGAACUUAAACCUUCAUAGGGGAGGAGGAGAUGAUUGUAUUAUGGAUUCUCUUCCUGGAAUUCCUUCCCUCCCCUCUUCCUUGACUUUUAAUUCCUGAGAUGUUAGCAAAAAUAAAAGCUUUAUUUUUCCACUCUUAUCACUGGCUGGCAUUAUAUAUUCUUUUCUUUCUUUGUCUUUUAACUGUUCAUUUUGAGGUGGCUAUAGAUUCUCAUACAGUUGUAAGAAAUAAUAACCUUUUUCUAAUUUUCCCCAGUGGUAACAUCUGCAUAACUGUAGUAUAAUAACACAACAAAGAAAUUGAAAUAGAUACAGUUCAUCCACCUGAAUCAGAGAUCACUGGUUUUACAUGCACUCAUUUGGGUGUGUGUAUUUAGUUCUGUUCAGUGUUAUCAUAUAGGUAAAUUCAUUUAACCACCUCCACAGUAAAGAUAUAUUGUAGUUCCAUCACCUCAAUGAUACUUGGUGUUGCCCUUUUAUAGCUACAACAGUCUCCCUUGCUGGCCCCGGGGAAGCAACAAAUCUAUUUGCCAUGCCUAUAAUUUUGUCAUUUC